AUGUCCAGCCAAGGAGAAGCUGAUGAUCGUGAACUCGAGGCUCAACGGUAUGCUCCCGCAAUGCCGAGGCGGUUCUCUCUGUGGUCACUUCUGUCCUUAGGCUUCACCCUGACGGCCACCUGGAACGCCGUUGGGAUUACGAUUGGGACAAGCUUGGCGGAGUCCUCCUCAUCUGGAGCUGUGUGGACUCUGGUCAUCGCGGCUCUGAUGAAUCUCACCGUGGCUCUGGGAAUGGCAGAGCUCGCAUCGGCGUACCCAAGCUCGGGAGCGCAGUAUUACUGGUCAUAUGAAGUUGCCAGCCCGGAAUGGGCACCCUUCGCCUCAUACGUGUCUUCUUGCGUCAGCAUUUGCGGUUGGUGGUUAGGCCUUGCCAACGUGUGCAAUUUUGUUGCCGCGGUGGUGCUCGCCAUAUAUCAGCUCUACGUCCCAGAAUAUACGAUUCAUCCGUGGCACCAAUGGCUAUGCUAUGUUGCCAUCCUCUGCCUGGCCGCUCUUCUGAAUAUACUUGGCAUGUGGUUAAUUCCAGCACUUAAUCAAUGUCUUUUAUAUUUUUCCCUCUCGACCCUUGCUGUCACAAUUAUGGCCAUUCUCGCAGGCGCAUACCCUAAUUAUCAAUCCAAUACGUGGGUGUUUGCGGAUGCGGAAACCAUGAACAAGUCUUAUAGCAAAGGUAUUCUCUUCAUUUUGUGCUUACUGAACAGCACCUAUGGGUUCAUGGGUUCCGAUGCUGGCGCCCACAUGGCCGAAGAGAUCCCUUCUCCUUCGAUCAAUGUUCCUAAAAUAAUUGUAUAUCCUAUUAUCAUCGGACUCGCGACAGCACUUCCAUUCGCCAUCUCCUGUAUGUACGUGAUAAGCGACGUCGAAAGGAUUGUCAACCCACACAGUGGAAUCAGCCUGCUGGAAAUCUACCAUCAAGCCACGGGAAGCAAGCUCGCCACCAGCAUGCUCCUGGGCGCGUUUUCAAUAUGCCUCUUCGGGUGCGCCGUAGCCAACAUCACAGGGUCGAGCCGCCAAAUCUGGGCUGCAUCUCGGGACAACUGUCACCCCAUGUCGGCGUGGUUAGCAGUGAUUCACCCAAGGCAUCAAAUGCCGGCUAAUGCCGCCUGCGUAACAGUCGUGUUCACCGCGAUCUAUGGAUUGAUCUUUGUUGGAUCGACGACUGCCUUUGCUUCCAUGGUCAGCGCCAACAUCGUCUUCAUGAUGGCCUCGUAUGCUAUUCCGCAGGGAAUCGUCGCCUACAGGGGGCGUUCUAGUGUUCUUCCGGCGCGGAAUUUUCAUCUCGGGAAGUUUGGUCUUCCCAUCAACAUCAUUAGCUGCAUAUGGGUCGGGUUUCUUGCAGCUGUCGCCUGCGUCCCAACCGUCAGGCCAGUCUCAGUAUCCAAUAUGAACUGGGUCAGCGCGGUCAUUCUUUUCAUCACUACUUACAUCCUGUUGGUGUGGCACUUCUGGCAGCGACAGUUAUUCAAAGGCCCGAAACAACGUCAGCAAGUAGAAGAGCAAGGUCUCGUCCAGGCAUCUGGUCACCUAGCCGAGAAAGAACGAAAGACAGACUGA